UUCCGGGUGAGGAAGUGGGUGAAAGGUGUCUCAGCCCGGAGUGACAGACGCUCACUGACAUAUCCCCUUCUCCGAGCCGGAACCGACCCGAGGGCAAAAUGUCCAAACAGCCGCAGCCGAUCAGUCCGCUGAAGAACUUCUUCGCCGGAGGCUUCGGAGGAGUCUGCCUCGUCUUCGCUGGACAUCCUCUGGACACCAUCAAAGUGCGUUUACAGACUCAACCCAAACCCAAACCUGGAGAGAGGCUCGUCUAUGCCGGAACAAUCGAUUGUUUCAAACAGACUUUAGCCAAAGAGGGCGUUAAAGGACUCUAUAAAGGAAUGGCAGCUCCAAUCAUUGGAGUCACUCCCAUGUUUGCCGUCUGCUUCUUUGGGUUCGGGCUCGGAAAGAAACUCCAACAGAAAAGCCCAAACGAUAUUCUUACGUAUCCACAGCUGUUUGCAGCUGGGAUGCUGUCCGGCGUGUUUACCACCGCCAUCAUGGCUCCUGGAGAGCGCAUCAAGUGUCUGCUACAGAUUCAGGCAGCAUCAGGAGAGGUGAAGUACGCCGGACCCAUGGACUGCGUCAGACAGCUGUACAGACAGUCUGGAAUUAGAGGAAUCUACAAAGGCACUGCUCUGACCCUCAUGAGAGACGUCCCGGCCAGCGGGAUGUACUUCAUGUCCUACGAGUGGUUAAAGAACCUCCUCACGCCUGCAGGAAAGAGCCACAACGACCUCAGCAUACCCAGCGUGCUGUUCGCUGGAGGAAUGGCCGGGAUCUUCAACUGGGCCGUGGCCAUCCCCCCAGACGUGCUCAAGUCUCGCUUCCAGACAGCUCCUGAUGGAAAGUAUCCCAACGGUUUCCGGGACGUCCUGCGGGAGCUGAUCCGGGAGGAGGGCGUGCUCUCUCUGUACAAAGGCUUCAACGCUGUCAUGCUUAGAGCUUUCCCUGCUAACGCAGCUUGUUUCUUAGGGUUCGAGUUGGCGAUGAAAUUUCUGAACUGGUUGGCUCCCAACCUGUGAUGGAGGCCUGCGACACACACCCCGAGGAUCUGAGGAUACCAACAGAUUUUAAAUAAUUUUCCGAUUGUGUACUUGAUUAUUUUUUAAGAUGCAGCGCUGUAAAACACAAUGAAACAGUGCCAGUAGAAACACGGACUCACACACACACACACACACACACACACACACACACGCAGUUCAGUCAAAUGUUCUCGCUCCGUUCUGAUCCAAAUAGUUUUUUAAGUUUUUUCUUUUAUAUAUACAUAUAUAAAUAAAUAUAUAUAUCUUUUAAAAAAAACAGGAGUGACUUGAACAUGAUGUGCCUUACCAGGUGUUCGUAUCAGGGAAGAGGUGCAUUCUGUCAUACUGUGUGUGUUCAGUCUCGCAGCAAUACAAGCCUGGACGCUGUGUGUGGCCUGUGCCGUCACAUGAACUUCACUUCCUGUUUGCCUGAUGUGAAACUUCGAGAUUAGAGUCAUAAUGAGAGUGAUCGGACAGGUUAUGAAUGUCAGCAUGUAUAGAAAAUAAAAGCUGAUCCCACCUCUGCAGAGAAACAAGGAACUUCUUUGUUUCAUUUUGUUGUCAGUGAUAAUCGUUCAUAUGUGACGGAGAAGCUUCGACAGUUCAGCUACAGCUGAAAAAGUGGAAACGGGUCAUCAUUCAUCAUCAAGAUGCUCCGAAAUGUAAAUAUGUACUUGUUUCUGUUAAGUACAAAUACACACCUGCUUAAUCUCACCAGUCACAAAAUCAGAAACCGUGUUUUUUGAGCCUUUACAUUUCAAUUGAAAUGGAAAACAAGUUUUGAAUAACUGUUGUCAGAAAAUAAGAAUAAAUCAUCUGCAAUAAAACACAUGCAUUC